UAUAAAUUGAAACGGAGGGAGUAAUAAAUAUGAACCCAUAAACUUUAAAUGUUGAACCAUAGGACUAAAAUUCUAGCCACUAGACAAAAAGAUUCCAAAACAAGGGGCUAUUGCUAGAAGACAACACUUUAUAUAGUGAUCACCUUAUCUCCAAUUACUUCAAACCAAAAACCAACCAUGAAAAAGGCAAAGGUAGUGUUCAUUUCAACACCAGCACUUGGGAACCUUGUUCCAACCAUUGAGUUUGCUAAACACUUGACUCAAACAAACCAAAACUUUUCAGCCACCAUACUCUUAAUCAACAUCCCUCAAAGGCCACUCGUUCAAUCCUACAAUGACUUCCUCGCCGCCACUGCCCCCACCGGAAACGUCCAUUUCCUCUCCCUCCCCACAGCGGAUCCGCCGUCCCUCAAUCAAUUUGAGGCCACUAUAGGCUUCUUAUCACUAUUGAUAAAAAAUCAUACAUCACAAGUCAAAGAUGCACUUGUUAACCUUAUUUCAGACUCAGACUCGAGCUCGGGCCAAGUUGUUGGAUUCUUUAUUGACAUGUUUUGUACCCCGUUUAUUGAUGUUGCUAAGGAACUAAACAUCCCAUGUUAUCUUUACUUUGCUUCCCCUGCUACUUUCUUGAACUUCAUGUGUUACCUCCCAACUUUAGAUGCUCAAGUUAGUAAUAACACUGAGUUCAAAGAUUCAGCCACUCAUUUCAAUAUUCUUGGUUUUUCCAAUCCUGUCCCUGUAAAUUUUUUCCCUUCAUUUAUGCUAAAUAGAAAAAUAGAUGGUUACUCUUGGUUCUUACAUCAUGCAAGAAGGUAUAAAGAAACCAAGGGUAUUGUUGUAAAUACAUUUCAAGAACUUGAACCUUAUUGUUUAAACUCAUUGUUAAAUGCUGCUGCUGCUGAUGUUGUACCACCAGUUUAUCCUAUUGGACCAGUGCUAGACCAUAAUGGACCAGCUCAAUGGCAUCAAGAUUUGUGGGGUCAUGAAAAUGUAAUGAAAUGGCUUGAUAAUCAAGAUCCAUCAUCAGUAGUUUUCUUGAGUUUCGGAAGUAUGGGAAGUCUUAAUAUCUCUCAAGUGAAAGAAAUAGCAAAAGGUUUGGAAAAAUCAGGGCAUCCUUUUUUGUGGGCAAUUAGGGAAGCACCAAAGGACAAGAGAGAACUUCCAAAUGAUUAUACUAAUCUAGAGGAUAUUUUACCUUGUGGUUUUUUAGAAGCAACACAAGGGAAAGGAUUAAUAUGUGGGUUGGUCCCACAAGUGACAAUCUUGGCCCACAAGGCCAUUGGAGGAUUUGUGUCACAUUGUGGUUGGAAUUCAAUUCUUGAAAGUUUAUACUAUGGGGUGCCAAUUGGGACAUGGCCUAUUUAUGCCGAGCAACACUUGAAUGCAUUUGAAAUGGUGAAAGAGUUAAAUUUGGCUGUGGAAAUCACAAUGGAUUACAGAGAUGGCAACACAUUGGUUUUAUCACAAGAAGUUGCAAAUGGGAUUAAAAAUUUGAUGGAUGGGGAUGGUGAGGUGAGACAAAGGUUUAAGAAAAUGAGUGAAAAAUGCAAGCAAGUUUGGAAGGAAAAUGGCUCAUCUUCUGUUUUUCUAGGACAGUUGAUUGAUAAAUUAAUGGCUGUGAUUUGAAAAAAAGAGUUUAGUUAGUCCAACUUGGUGGCUUUGACUACAAUAAAGUACAAGUAUUGGAAGAAUAAUAUUUGAAAAAAAAGUAAGAAUAAAAGGGUUGUCUACUUUAUUGUAACUUCUCCUAAUUGUUUAAUGUAAAGAUUAUUUUGCUUUUCAUGUGUCUGUUUCUCUAUCGAAAAAGAGUAAGGUCUGCGUACUCAAUAUCUUCUCUAGACCUCACUUGUAAGAUCACACCGGCAUAUUGUUAUUGUUGUUAUUACA